UGGGGAAUGGUUCCACGCGCAAACAAAUGUCUACGGAUACAGCUGCAGGAAUGCACAUAGUGAUAUUCAUGUUGCUGACAGGGUAUACAUUUAGAUUUCAGCAUGUGGCUUAAACCUGAAGAAGUGCUUUUGAAGAAUGCGCUGAAGUUAUGGGCGACCGUGAAAUCCAAUGAUUAUUUCAUACUGCAGAGACGACGGGGAUACGGUGAAGGAAGUGGCGGUUUGGCAGGGCUCCUCGUCGGAACUCUGGAUGCUGUGCUCGACUCCACGUCCAAGGUCGCGCCCUUCCGCAUCCUGCACCAGACCCCCGACUCGCAGGUCUACUGGAUCAUAGCAUGUGGCGCUUCUGAGGAGGAGAUCACUCAGCACUGGGAGUGGCUGCAGCAGAACAUCAUGAGAACGCUCUCUGUGUUUGACUCCAGCGACGACAUCACCAGCUUCGUGCAGGGCAAGAUCAGAGGUCUGAUCGCCGAAGAGGGAAAGGUAAGCCUGGUCCAGGAGGAGGACCCGGAGAAGUUCCGCGAGGCGCUGCUCCGCUUUGAGUCCUGGUUUUCGCUGCCCGCCAAGGAGAAGCUGGUGACCUACUACUCGUGCAGCUACUGGAGGGGCCGCGUCCCAUGCCAGGGCUGGCUCUACCUCAGCACCAACUUCCUCUGCUUCUACUCCUACCUGCUGGGCAAUGAAGUGAAGCUGGUGAUCUCGUGGGUGGAGAUCAGCCGGUUGGAGAAGACGACCAGCGUGCUGCUGACGGAGAGCAUCCGCGUGUGCUCGGGUGGAGAGGACCACUGCUUCUCCAUGUUCCUCCACCUGCAGCAGACCUUCCUCCUGAUGGAGCAGCUGGCCGACUUCGCUGUCAGGCGGCUCAUCGACAAGGAGAUCUUUCCGAGCGACCACAUUCUUACUGACCCGCUGCAAAUUACCAAAAGGGGACUGGAGACUCACGCCAGGAACGAGGCCUUCCGGGCGUUCUUCCGCCUCCCGCGCGAGGAGAACCUCCUGGAGGUGUACGAGAGCUUCUUGUGGGUCCCCUUCAGUCACUUCAACACGCUGGGCAAGAUCUGCGUGUCGGAGAACUACCUCUGCUUUGCCAGCCAGGACGGCAGCAAGUGCCACCUCAUCAUUCCAAUGAGAGAGAUUCUGAGUGUGGAGAAGCCUGACCGCAAUAGCCGGGCCCUGACGGUGUGUAUGCGGGGGAAGCGAGCGCUGCGGUUUUCCGAGGUCCGUGACUUUGAGCGUCUGGCCGGCACCAUCCGCCGGCAGUGUGGGAACACGGCUAGUCCCCAGCACUCCGCCUCCAGCCAGAUGCUGCUGGAGUGUGGUGAGGAUGAAGAAGGGCUGAUGGUUGGCCAGAAGGACAGCAGUAAGACGGUCAGCACAGAGGCCCUAAUGAAUGUCUUCCAUCCCCAGGAUGCUGAAAACCUCGACCCAAAAAUGCUGAAAGAGAAGAUGAAGGAGCAGUCUUGGCAGAUCCACUUUGCGGAGUACGGACGUGGGACCAGCAUGUUUUGCACAAAGAAAACCAGAGACCUUAUUGUGCGGGGAGUACCAGAGUCGCUACGGGGAGAGCUGUGGAUGCUGUUCUCAGGAGCAGUAAAUGACAUGGCGACGCACGCUGGCCACUACUCUGAGCUGGUGGAGGCGUCGCUGGGCACCAGCUCUCUGGCCACGGAUGAGAUUGAGCGCGACCUUCACCGCUCUCUGCCUGACCACCCGGCGUUCCAGAGCGACACCGGCAUAUCGGCCCUGCGGAGGGUCCUCACCGCGUACGCCUACCGGAACCCCAAGAUAGGCUACUGCCAGGCUAUGAAUAUCCUAGCAUCUGUGUUACUGUUGUAUGCCAAGGAGGAAGAAGCCUUCUGGUUGCUGGUUGCAGUAUGUGAACGGAUGCUUCCAGACUAUUUCAACCGCAGGAUCAUUGGCGCACUGGUCGACCAGGCCGUCUUUGAGGACCUGAUCCGAGAGCACCUGUCCCAGCUGACGGAGCAUAUGACGGACCUGACGUUCCUGUCGUCGGUUUCGCUGUCCUGGUUCCUGACGCUCUUCAUCAGUGUGCUGCCCAUCGAGAGUGCGGUCAACGUGGUCGACUGCUUCUUCUUCGACGGCAUCAAGGCCAUCCUGCAGCUGGGACUGGCCACCCUCGACUACAACAUGGACGCUCUGCUCUGCUGCAGCGACGACACAGAGGCCGUCACCAUCCUCAGCAGGUUUUUUGACAGUGUGGCUAAUAAAGACAGUCCCCUGCCUGCCACUGUCCAGCAGGCCCCAGUGGGCAGCAACAACAGAGCGACUCGGAGAGUGGACAUCAGUGACCUCAUCAGGGAAGCAUAUGAGAAAUAUGGAGAUAUCAAAUCUGAGGAUGUCGAGAGUAUGAGGAGGAGGAACAAGCUGUACGUUAUCCAAACUCUGGAGGACACAACCAGACAGAAUGUGGUCAGGGUGGUGGCCCAGGACGUCAAGUUCAGCGCCUCACACAUGGACGAGCUCUAUGUGCUGUUCAAGAGGCAGCACUUCCUGAGCUGCUACUGGACGGUGAGCAGCCCGGCGCUGCAGCACCACGACCCGAGCCUGCCCUACCUGGAGCAGUACCAGCUGGGCCGCGCCCAGUUCACCAGCCUGCUCCUGCUGCUGCAGCCCUGGAGCCCCGGCGCCUACUCGCACACGCUCGCCCGCUGGACCUUCCGCCUGCUCGACGACAACCACGACGGCCUCGUCAACUUCCGCGAGUUCUGCCGAGCCCUGGAUAUACUCUACAGUGGUUCCUUCACAGAGAAGCUGAAAUUCCUCUUCAAGCUGCAUCUGCCACCAGUGUGCUCCCCGGACAGCCCCGACGAUGGAGUGAUAAGGAAGAGCCCAGAGAAGGGCCGUGGGAAGGUGGACCUGCAGGCGUAUCUGAAGCAGUGGCAAGAUGAGAUCCAGAGGAAGGAGGAGAGCAUUAAAGACCUGCCCAGAAUUGAUCAGGCCCAGUUCAUCCAGCUGUCUAAGACGCUGUACAGCCUGUUCCACGGAGACCCGGAGGAGGAGGCGCUGUUCCGCGCCGUGGCCCGAGUCACCAGUCUGCUGCUCCGCAUGGAGGAGGUGGGCCGCCGGCUGCAGGAGGACUCGGCUCCCUCUCAGACCUCCUCCACCAGCCCACAAUCCCCCAGCCCCAGCAAGACCCCCAUCAGUCCGCCGCCGCAAACCGCCAGCCCUGUAGAGGGCGCUGUGGAGCAGCUACAGACCCUCCACGUGGACCAGGAUCCGUCCAGCCCCGGGCAAGCCACCUCGGACGGGGGUGCCCCCUCCUCCUCUCCCGACGGAACCUCGGACCCCCCGUCGUCCAGCACCAUGGAAACGGAGCCGGCCAACACGCCUUCUGAGCAGCACACAGCGCCGCCCAGCCCGCAGGCCGCGGAGUGGUCCUUCUCCUUCGAGCAGGUCCUAGCGUCGCUCCUCAACGAGCCGGUCCUGGUGCGCUUCUUCGAGAAGCCCGUGGACGUCCAGGGCCAUCUGGACCGGGCCAAGAGAGACCAGCUGAAAGCACAGAUCAAGAAGUAAGGAUCCGGCACAGACGAAGCUUCUAACUGCCCCACCUUAAAGCCAUACACAUGACACUCCAGCCUCAGCAUUUUUUGGUUCCUUUUGUUCCCAUCAGCCUGGGAACGGCUUUAUUCUCUGGUAUGGAGGCAUUGACAUGAUAUGUUUUUUUCCCCCCAGUGGCUGUAAAAAAAAAAAAAAAAAAAGGGAGAAAGAAUUGAACAGUCAUUGGUUUUUCAUUACGACCGCGUCUUGUCGAGUACUCGUAGAAUGACACCAGCCAGACUCAUAACUCUGCCUCUGUAUCAAUUAGCCUUAAUACACACUGCAAAGCACAUGGACACUAAAAUACACACAUUCACACACAUAUGCACAAACAUUAAAACAUUAUCAUGCUUUACAUACUUUGUAAAUACAUACAUACUUUGCCUCAACAUCAACCUUGAACUGACCUAAGUCUACUGUAAGCCUGUGUAAAGAGGGCUUGUUGUAGAUGUGUCGUAUUUAGGUGAUCACAUUGACUCUUUAGGAUCUAUGGAAAGUUCCUAGUCACAGGAUCCCUCGGUUUCAGUCAUUCUUUGGUCACUAGUGACAUUUCUUCAGGAUUAAAUCUAGUAUCGCCUAUCAGGUAUGUAUUGUUUAGUACAAUAAGGGAUUAUUAUGUGCUGUGUGUGUGUGUGUGUAAUCUACAGUAAGUUUAGAUGUAAAUACCUGUUAAGGUGCUGAGUUUCUGGUUUGUUUGUUUGUUUUGUUUUGUUUUGUUUUUAUGCUGUUUUGUUUACUUGUUGGCUCUGUGGCAUGGGAUGGUGCAUGAGCAUGCAAAAGGGAAGGGUCUGAUUGGCCUGCUGUCAUUGGACCAAUCCUCUGAGUUGCCAUCAGGGGCAGCGUAAACACCUUAACGGAACUCUAUUAUGAAAACCUGAAUGACGCCAUGUAGUGCAUUUACGUACAUUCUUGUUAAUAUAUUUUACUGUGUUUCGUUGCGUAUCGACAUCGCAUUCAGACGAGUGUACCUUAUUUCUGUUACGUUUUCAUUAGUCAGGCCAUAGCUUUAUCGUUGAUGAAAAGCAUUUAUUUAGUUGCUAAGUAUGACCGUGCUCGUAUGGGGCUGCUAAAGAGUCUGCAUUCGUUUCAAAGGGAGUUUUGGUUCUGAGUCAUUAUCAAAAAUUAUAUUUCACAGUGCUUCCAAUGGAGCUUAGCUCCCCAGAGGACCAACUGCAAAAUGCACUCGAUGCAUUAAGCCAUAGAUAGAGUCCAGAUAAAAAGAGACUCUCAAUCAAUUAUUAAAGUUAUUCGAUGUUAUAGAUAUGUCUAUAAUAUGAAGAUAGAUCUAAUGUGGAUAAAUAUGUAGAAUGUGUAAGUGUAAUUUAUUUAUAUGAAAAUAUAUAGCCACUGAAGUUGGAUCAAAGAAUGCUGUUAUGCACAAUUGCGAUUGUUUUUUUCUCUUCUUUUUUUUAAAUUAGGAAAUAGACUACAUGUUUUUCUAAUUGAAAGGAGAACUUGAAAUAUGCAUUAUUGCAAACACAUACAGUUUGUAUGGGGAGACCACUUACACAUGUUUAGUUUUAUGAACAAGUCGAUUCCUAGUGGACUUAAAGGGACAUUUGAUCAGAUGUUCCUUUAAAAUCACAACAACAAAGUAUUGUGGUAAAAACCUGAUGAACCUGUCACUUGAAAAUGAAGCAUUUAAUUUUUGAAAGACUGCAAGACGUCUGUGGUCUACAUGAUGGCUAUACGGACAGCACCCCACAGACUUUUGACUUAAUUCAGACAUACAGCACAUAUGUAUGAAUAUGUAUGUCUUGACAAAAUAAUCUGAAACAUUCUUGUGUUUUUUUUCACAUCAAUCUGCUGUCAACAUGUUUUGAUUUACAGGUGCCAUUUCGCAAUUUCAGUCAACGUAUCUGUGCAAUGAUUGUAAAAUAUCUACAGACUUUGUUAAAUAUGUCUUAAAGUUGUUGAAAUGUAUCUGUUUGUGCCUAUCACAAAAGUCACUUUAUGUAGAUGUCCCUUGUCUCUUAUAAGGAAAUAAAUAAAUACCGUCCUAAAAUCA